AUGGAGACAAUGUCGCUUCAAACUGUUAUCAUUCAGAAUCAACAAACCAUUGCUUUCCUCCAAGCUAGAGACUACUGCAGUGCGCUUGUGUCAGCUUCGUCGGCAUUACACUCCCUUGACAGCGUCCCAGUACCAACGCAGCAAGAACAACAUGAUGAAGGCAACCGCAUGCUUCCUCCUGUGAGAAGCUCCUCCUCCUCACCUGAAAGCUCAACCGAUCAGUGCAUGCUUCAUGCUAACAUUCAGGAAGACGACCGUACAUGUGGAACUCAAACAUUUAUGUACAGUCAUGCCAUUCCGUUGCCUCCCAACGUGACUGAUUAUGCCAUCAUUGCAUCCAUUCUCAUUUUCAAUACAGCGCUUGCUCACCACUUGGUGGCACUACUGCUUCUAGACAAGGAAAGGUCACCCCAAUACCUUCACAGAGCAAAGCAAUUGUAUACAUUGGCAUACAAUUCGUCACAAGAAGACAUCGAGCACAAUCCCUUGUUUCUCUUUGUGGUAUAUAACAAUACUGCAUUGGCCAAUCUGCAGAUUGGGGACAAGGACUUGCGGAAUUCCUGCGUCGGGUACUUGGUUUCCAUCUACGUGGUCAUGGUGGAUAAAGGUUACAUUUCGCGACUACGCCACCUCCAAGGUUUUCUCGAGAGCCUCGUGGCUAGCAUGCCCACUGCGGCCGCGGCUUGA